UCAACUAGUAAAUAGAGAUUGCAGUGCUAGGAAGUUUACCUGGAGAUGAUCACCUUUUCUCCACCAACUCUCCUCUUUUAUACUCAGUACUUGAAUCUAUCGAAAGUGUAACCUGAUACCUCAACAGCAACAAUAUGCAUCAUCCUCUGUUUUUCAUUCUUACAUCCUGUAUGUUAUUCCAUGGUCUGAUCAUCUUUGCCAUUUCUUCUACCAUUAAUUCACCUAUUGAGAACAUAGCCAUUUCAUGUGGCUUUUCUGGCACUCCAACUGCCCUUGAUGGGCGCGAGUGGGUUGGGGACAAUACCUUGUCUUCUACUUCACCACUGCACAUGAGUGGAAAAUCUUGGACAUCUAAAGCCGAGCAAAAAGCCUCUCCCAUGAUUGAUCCAAUUCCAUAUCAGACAGCUCGGACCUCUCGCCAUGAGUUCAGUUACCGGUUCUCAGUCAAGCCGGGUCAGAAAUUCAUCCGCUUGCACUUCAACCCGGCGCCAUACAAUGGCUUCAAGAAUUCCAUAGCCCUUUUUACUGUCAAAGCUGGUCCAUAUACUCUCCUAAGCAAUUUCAGCCCUUCUCUCGCUGCUGAUGCUCUAGGUGUCAAAUAUCUCAACAAGGAAUACUGUGUUCAUGUACAGGAAAGCAAAGCGUUGACUAUAACAUUCACCCCAUCUCAAGAAACAAAGUCCUCAGAAGAUAUUUAUGCUUUUGUCGAUGGCAUUGAGAUUGUCUCCAUGCCUACUGGUCUUUACUUCACCCCAGAGGGAGACCUGGGUGCCCAUGUUGUUGGCCAAAAGCACAGAUUCUACAUUGAUACUGCUACAGCACUGCAGAUGAUUCAGAGAUUAAACAUCGGGGGACGGUCAAUCCCAUCUAUUGAAGAUGUCAGCAUGUUUCGUGACUGGAAAGAUGACUUCAACUACCUGUUAAAUGGAGUUGGUGCUGCUUCAAUUGAUACCACCAUUCCAAUCGAGUAUGCAGACAUGCUGACACAUGUUGCACCUCCCAAAGUUUACCAAACAGCAAGGUCAGUGCAUCCAGGCAAACGGCAUAAUCUGACUUGGAUAAUUCCAGUAGAUUUGGGAUUCAGGUACCUAGUAAGAUUCCAUUUCUGUGAACUUGAACUUGGAAUAUCUGCAAGAGGUGAGAGGCAAUUCAGUAUACUUAUAAAUAAUAAGAUAGCUGAGUAUAAUGCUGAUGUGAUCAAAUGGAGUGGUGCACGUAGGGUUGCAGUGUACAAAGACUACAUCGCAAUGAUCGAAGGAGAUAGAAAGAAAGGUGCAGGCACUCUAGUCAUAAGUUUGCAGCCAAACUCUGAGUUCAGCACUAAAAGAACAGAAGGCAUUCUGAAUGGCUUAGAAAUAUUCAAGCUAAGUAAUCCUGACAACUAUCUUGUGGGAAUGAAUCCUGCCCCCCAACGCAAACAAAGUUCAGUGUCAGAGAUGCCGCGUCACCAAAGGCCAGUGUUUUUUGAUAGAAAGAGUGCAAUUGUUACUGCAUUCACAGUAGCAGUCACUUUACUGAAUAUUGCCAUCUAUUACCUAAGGUGUCUCUCAGAAGCUAACGCCAACAUGAGAAACACAAGAUCUCGUUGCACAGACCCAGCUUGUCGUCAAUUCUCACUUGAGGAGAUCCAACUAUCCACCAGCCAUUUUAGUCCUGAGUUCCUCAUUGGAAGUGGUGGAUAUGGUAAAGUAUACAAGGGCAUUAUUGAUGGUGGAGCAACUACUGUAGCAAUUAAGCGUUUGAAGGAAGAAUCUAGGCAGGGAGAGAAUGAGUUUUGGACAGAGAUCAAAAUGCUGUUGAAGGUCCGAAAUGAACACCUUGUCUCCCUAAUUGGCUUCUGCAAUGAAGGUACGGAGAGGGUGUUGGUUUAUGAGUACAUGCCACGAGGAACUGUUGCAGACCAUCUCCACAAAAUUGAUAGAAUGGGGAAUGGUAACCCCCCUCUCUCUUGGAAAAGACGACUUAAGAUUUCAAUAGGUGCUGCCCGGGGAUUACAUUUCCUUCACACCUCCCAGCAUAAGGUUAUACAUCGUGACGUAAAGAGCUCAAACAUUCUGUUGGAUGAGAGUUGGGUGGCAAAGAUUUCAGAUUUUGGUUUGUCCAAAAUGGGGCCUGGAAAUGAGUCAUUUACUCAUGUUAGUACUGAUGUCAAAGGAACAUUUGGCUACUUGGAUCCAGAAUACUUCUUCACUCACAGAUUGACAACGAAAUCAGAUGUGUAUGCCUUUGGUGUAGUGCUGCUUGAAAUGCUCACCGGAAGGCCAGCACUAGAUAAGAGGCUUGUUGAGGAGCAGCACAAUCUAGCCACUUGGGCCAUAGACUACAUGAGAAAAGGAAAAGUUGAUGAUAUUGUUGACUAUAGUCUGGCGGGGCAAGUCUCUCAAACUUGUUUGAAGGUGUUUAUAGAAAUUGCAGAAAGAUGUUUGGGCAGGCAGCUACAUGCACGACCAGAUAUGGCUGAUGUGCUCACCAAACUUGAAUUAGUGUUAGUGUUACAGCAAAAGGAGGAGGUACAAAGUGAGGUCAAGAGUAUUGAUGGACAUGGAGCUGUCUCAGAAGAGAAGAAGGUAAUGACCACUGCUGAAAGGGGGGCAUCCAAUGGCAAAGGAAAAGAUAUUCUCAAGGAAAGGGUGAAGAAGAAAGAUAGCAAUGCCAAAAGCAAAACUGUUCGAUGGUGGGAUCUUUUGCAAGUCUUGCCAAAACAGUCACCAAUGACGGCACCAACACAGACAAUAAUCAAAACAUCUCCAUCAAAGGUCGAAGUUUCCACAACGAAAUAUGAAGGACUACGCCAAUUCUCUGUCAAGGAAAUCCUACAGGCCACUGACGGUUUCAACCAGAGUUCUAUUAUUGGUUUUGGGGAAGAUGAUGUGGUGUUCAUGGGAUCUUUAGAUGGUGGUAAGAGUACUGUAUCCAUCAGAAGAGCCAUCAAUCUAGUAUAUAGUGAUCGCCUGGACCGAGAGUUGCAAUUUUACCAUUAUGACCUCCCUUUGCCCCACCACCGUAUUAAUGUUGUCUCUCUGAUUGGAUAUUGCAAUACUGAUGUACAUAAGAUCUUUGUAUAUGAUUACAUGGCAAAUGGGAGUCUGCGAGAUCAUCUCCAUAAACCUGACAAGGAUCCUCUCCCAUGGAAGCAAAGGCUUAAAAUCUGCAUUGAUGCUGCACGUGGUUUGUACUACCUUCAGCAAAUCUUGAAGCAGAGUUUUCUCCAUUAUGAAUUCAACUCAACCAACAUUCAACUGGAUGAGAAUUGGGUUGCUAAAGUUUCAGACUUCAGUUGGUCCAGAAGGAAAGAUGACUUUGGUUGGCCUAGAAGUAAAGUUUACAGUCCUGUACUUUACUGUGGAAUAAUUUUGGAUUCAGAUGGUUUACGUUAUAUAACACCAACAGGAAAAUCCUAUGCAUAUGCAUUUGGUUUACUGUUAAUCGAAGUAUUAUGCGCCAACAAUGAAUUGAUACUCCGUAUGAACCGGGAUGUGGAGAGUAUACCCUACUGGUUCAAGUCACAAAUAAGAGCAGGUAGCCAUUCAAGAUUUAUAGACCCAAACCUAAUGGGGGAAAUAUCACCAGGCUGCCUUCAGAUGUUUGUUGACAUUGCAAGCAACUGUCUGCAUGACCUAGUUAGUAAAAGACCAUUAAUGAGUGAGAUUGUGACAAGUCUCGAGGCUGCACUCAAGCUGCAAGAAGCAGAAGAUGCCAGAUGA